AUGGCCGAGGGGCCGGGGGCCGCGGGCGGGCGCGGGGUCGGCGUUGGCGGAGGCCGGGCCCCGGAGGCGCGGCCCGAGGCGGCCCGAGGCCCCGCUGCAGAAGUGCGCCAGAGGAAGAAGCCCAGGUCUUCGGCACAGAAAGAUCAUGGCUGCUGGGAGAGAGCCCAAGCUGCCACCACCGCGGGCCCCAAGAGAGCACCCCGAUAUGUGUUGUUCCAGCGCUUUACCAAGGUCCUCAUCGGCUGCCUGGCUGCGGUGACCAGCGGCAUGUUGUACGCACUCUACUUGUCCGCCUACCAUGAGCGCAAGUUUUGGUUUUCCAACAGGCAGGACCUGGAGCGGGAGAUCACCUUUCAGGGCGACAGCGCCAUUUAUUACUCCUACUACAAGGACUUGCUGAAGGCGCCCUCCUUCGAAAAAGGCGUGUACGAGCUGACGCACAACAACCGAACUGUGUCCCUGAUGACCAUCAAUGCUGUUCAGCAGCUGUCUCUGUACCCCGAGCUCAUUGCCAGCGCCCUCUACCAGGCCACAGGGAGCAGCGAGGUGGUAGAGCCCGUGUACUUCUACAUCGGCAUCGUGUUUGGUCUGCAGGGGAUCUACGUGACGGCUCUCUUUGUCACCAGCUGGCUCAUGAGUGGGACCUGGCUGGCUGGUAUGCUCACUGUCGCUUGGUUCAUCAUCAACAGGGUAGAUACAACAAGAAUCGAAUACUCCAUUCCAUUGAGAGAAAACUGGGCACUGCCAUAUUUCGCCUGCCAAGUUGCUGCCCUAACAGGCUACUUAAAAAGCAGCGCGAACACUUAUGGUGAGAGGCUCUGCUACCUGCUGAUGAGCGCGGCCACCUACACGUUCAUGGCCAUGUGGGAGUACAGCCACUACUUGCUCUUCCUGCAGGCUGUUUCGCUCUUCCUGCUUGACAGUGUCUCUCGGCAGCAGCACCACAAGGUCCGUGAUGUGUAUAAGACCUAUAUCUUCUCCCUCUUCCUGGGCUACUUACUACAGUUUGAGAACACGGCUCUGCUGGUGUCUCCACUGCUCAGCCUGGUGGUUGCCUUGAUGCUGGCCAAGUGCCUUCAGCUGAAUGUGAAGAAAGGAACAUUCGCAGCUAAAAUAAUGACCGUGAUUCACUUCUUCCUUGUGUGUGCGCUGGCGGUGAUGGUGAAUGUCAUCUUGAAGAUGCUUGUUCCGCACAGAGAAAAUGGGCACAUGCUGAGGUUUCUGGAAGUCAAGUUUGGCCUAAAUAUGACCAGGAACUUCACCAUGAAUUGGCUCCUGUGUCAUGAGUCCCUGCAGACGCCAUCUCAGGAUUUUUUUUUGCGACUAACCCAAUCUUCUCUAUUGCCCUUCUAUAUUUUAGUGUUGAUUAUUUGCCUUUUUUCUAUGGUACAAGUUAUUUUUAGGAGACUUAAAGGCCCAGCCCUGAAGGAUUCCAUGGCUGUUGAAGACGAGCGAAUUGGAGCCAGGCCAGAAGUGGUUUACCACGUGCUCCACACGCUGCUCCUGGGCGCCCUGGCCAUGGCGCUGGAAGGACUGAAGUUCCUCUGGACCCCACACAUGUGCAUGAUGGCGGCAGCUGGGGUAUGCUCCCCACACCUCUGGACCACACUGUUCCAGUGGCUGCGCCUACGGACCGUGCACCCCAUGCUCCUGGCUCUUAUUUUGAGUAUGGCUGUGCCCACAAUUAUAGGUGUCAGCUUAUGGAAAGAGUUUUUUCCGAGGUUAAUGACAGAAUUAAUGGAGCUGCAGGAAUUCUAUGACCCAGACACGGUGGAGCUCAUGACCUGGAUCAAGAGGCAGGCUCCGGUGGCGGCCGUGUUUGCGGGGAGCCCGCAGCUGAUGGGCGUGAUCAGACUGUGUACCGGCUGGAUGGUCACCAGCCUCCCACUCUACAGUGAUGAGGACUUGCUCAAGAGGAACGAGAAUAUCUAUCAGAUCUACUCCAAACGGUCGGCUGAGGACAUUUAUAAAAUACUGACCUCGUACAAAGCGAAUUACCUCAUUGUGGAGGAUGCAAUCUGCAAUGAGGUGGGACCCGCGCGAGGCUGUCGGGUCAAGGAUCUUUUAGACAUUGCAAAUGGCCACGUCAUCUGCGAGGAGGGUGACAAGUUAACCGACUCCAAGUACGGCCGGUUUUGCCACGAGGUCAAGAUCAGCUACUCGCCCUACGUGAACUACUUCACCCGAGUGUACUGGAACCGCUCGUAUUUUGUGUACAGGAUCAACACUGUGAUAUCCUUCCAGUCCUGACUGGGCUGAGCCUGGCUUUGCUGGUUCCCUUCUCUGACAUCUGUCCCUGCCUCCUCCUGACCAAGGGCCGAUGCAGGGAGGGAGACGCAGACUGGGUGAGCGGGCCUGGCUGCUUCUGCCCAGCUGCUCAUGUGAUCGACGGUGACAGUGCCCGCACAAACCUGCACCCAAACAGAAUGUCGGCCAUGAGCUGGGAUAUUUUCCUGGCCAUCAGAUUAUGGGGCCGGAUCUGUGGCGCAGCAGUAGGGCACUUGCCUUGCAUGCGGCUGAUCUAGGA